AUGAAAAUUGAUAGGAGGGAGUGGGAUGAGUAUGCAUUCAAAGAUCUAUUUGGUGAUAGAGAUGCUCUUCUUAUUUUGAGCAUUCCCUUGAGUUCAAAUAUUUAUGAUGAUAGUUGGAUUUGGGAUGGGGAAAAGUCUGGGUUGUAUUCUAUCAAGAGUGCAUACCAUGGUAUUAAGAGGGAUAAAGAAGGUAAUGAAGGGGAGGAUCACUCGGGCUUUUGGAGACAACUCUGGCGAUUAAAGGUGCCUCAUAAAGUGAAGAAUCUUUUGUGGAGGGUGGUUUUAGGGUGCUUACCCACAAAAUCACAAUUGCAUUUGAAACAUGUAACUAUUGACAUGUAUUGCCCAUCUUGUAAUAUGGUCGUGGAGUCUAUCUACCACAACCUAGUUAGCUACUCUUUUUCCCAAGAUGUUUGGGGCAUCUUGAUUUUAGAUGUGAAAGUAGGUGAUUUUGAGGUGUUUGAUGUCUGGCUUGAUGCCAUUCUUCAAAGAUUUGAUCACAACAGAGUGGGGAAGAUAACAACUGUCUGUUGGGCUCUUUGGCGGGCGAGAAACAAUUUGGUUUGGAAUAAAAAAGGAGUAACCGUAACUGCUUUGGUUACAUUAGCUUUACUUUGCCUUGAAAAUUGGACUAAUGCUCAGGAUAUAAAUUUUGAUGUCUCUAUAGAGUCUUUGCUUCCGGGGGACGGGAGUGAUCAUUGGGUUAAGCCUCAUGAGAACACUAUCAAGGUUAACAUUGAUCCCUUUUCAUAG